ACAUGUAACUCCAUUUGAGAUCUUAUGAAUCUAAUGUUUACAGGCGGUUCAAUUUGAUUGUAAAUAUUUAUUUGCAAUAUACUCAAAAUAUGUGCAAAGUGGGAUACAUUUCAACAAAGUAAGGUCGAGACCUGCAAUCAAGUAUUGGUCUCGAACCAUUGCAUUGAAGAUUUUGGAAUUAUUUAAACGCGAAACAAGGUUUAUAUAAUGGACGUGAAGGCGGCAUUAGUUUCCGGUUUAACAUCCGACCCUCGCCGACUUCCAGUCUGGUAUCGUUACGACAAUCAGGGGUCAAUAUUUGACGACCUCUAUUCGUCAGAAAAUAAAGAUUAUUAUUUCUAUUCGUUGGAGACCGAGGUUCUUUCCAACAAUGUGCAGGAGAUUGUCAGCGAAAUUGUGUCUCCUUGUUUCUUUGUUGACCUUGGAAGCGGGAAUUCAGAGAAGUCCAGAAUGAUAAUAGACGCUAUUUUACGGGAGCAAACGGUACUAAACUACAUCCCAGUGGACAUUUCAUCAGAGUUUCUUAAGGAUGUGUCGAACUCUCUGUCCAGAGACUAUGGAGACUGCUUGCAAGUGACGCCAGUUCCAAGAGACUACAGUGAAGGCAUUUCGUACCUCCGGUCGAUUUCAGAUGCAAAACUUAUUCUUUGGCUAGGAGGGCUACAGAGUCUACCUUAUGAUAAGCAGUUGGACACAUUAAGUCAGCUGGCGAAGACUAUGUCAGGACAGGACAGACUUGUUGUGUCCUUGGACAUGACACAGGAUGCAGAAAUUGUCAUAAAAGCCUACCUUCCUCCAACAGGUUCUGGUCAGAAUCUGUACUUUAAUGCCCUCUGGCGUUUAAAUCGGGAAUACGGAAGUGACGUCAAAACCGACAACUUCCGGUUGGAAGGCAGAUUCAAACGUUCUGAAGAAGGAUGCAGCGGCAUAAUCGUAAAAGCAGUUUCAAACACAAAUCAACAUAUACACAUACCAGGCCUUCACCUGAGCUUUGACCUACUGGAAGGGGAGGGUAUCUACCUUCACGAGGGAGAAUACCUAUCGUGCAAGUACACGGAGACUCAGGUCCGCGCCCUCACGGAAAAGGCUGGACUGACGCUCAACCGCAUGUGGACAGACGCCGGCCGCCGUGUUGGCAUAUUCUGCUUUACUUCAAAACUUUCCAAUAUCAGCUCAUAGCUAUAAAAGAAAAAAAGUUGAUGCAUAGCAUCAAGUCAGCGCAAUCAAACUGGAAGAAAAACGUGCAUGAGGAUAACCAAAAAUGGUUAUUAAUUCAAUGAUAAUAUUUUUUUAUGUUGGGUGUUGGUAUGCUCGAAGGACAUUAAUAAUAUUGUUACAAUAGCUUAGGCCCAGAAUUAUAGAUAAUUUGUUGUUUUUUCCAAGCGAAUCCUCCGGUUAAAACUAAAUUAUACCAAAAAUAUUCACACGUUUCUUCGGAAGAAAUAGCGUCAAUGGUCUAAUACACAGAUUUCAAUAGCAUGAAAUUCACCUUUUAUUUGUACCGGCAUGUUAUGUAAAUUCCUUGCUUUAUAUAUUGUAUAAGUUUUUGUAACACAUUUCACUCAUAUGAGUAUAUAGAAAGGGGAUAAAAAUACUAUACAUCAAGAGGAAAUUAUCUGGAGUUCGUUCCUUCGGAUGACAUUUUCAAAACAAACAAUUAAGCUCAAUGUUAUUUUUUUAAAACUCGGCAUUUUUGAUGUCGCCAAAGGAGAUUACUGGUGGGUUUACAAACAUAAAGGAUAUUGUAAUAGUACCGUGUAACCUUCAUCUAUUUGGGAGGAACACCUCGGCCUGUAUCUAUCUCGGAGAUGGCCGAGUUGGUAUGAUUGAGUUGGUAUUUAAAAUCAAAAUUUUCAAAAUGAUAAGCAUGGCUAUUAUAAUUUAAGGUUUCAUUAUCCAUUAAAGUGUACAGUUUUAUAAAACAUACUAAGCUUCAUAUUUUAUCAUGAAGAAGAAGAUGAUUUUAUUUCAUUUCAAACAUUCAAAAUACAUGGUUUCAAUGAAAUAAGUCGAAAUAACCCUUGAUCAUUGCAAAAGCUGAUACAUAUUCAUAUAUAUAUUUAUAUGGCGAUCAUAGUCAAUAGUUCAAAUGUAAAAACAUUUAGUAUUCGAGCAUGUAUAGCACAUAGAUAAACUAUACAAACAAAGAAAUGAAAGUAAUAUGCGUUUAGAUUCAAGGCUUAAACUCUUUAUAAAUUAUUACGCUACCUAAUUAACUCUUUCCUUAUUUCAAAAGCUUUAAAUACAAAAACUGCAUGAUUUUUAACUACAUUAACAUUCUCCGAGAUAAAAAGCGCAAUUGUUUUAUAGAUGCUUGGAUGACGACGAUAGUAUCGAGGUAAGUAUCUUUGUCUUAUAUCGGUAUACAUGUUACAUUCAAAAAGAAAGUGGAAUUCAUCUUCUAAAAUGUUACAAGAUGGACAUAUCCUAUUAUCAAUAUCUGUACGGUUCCAUCGACCGGUUUCAAUACUUAAUCUAUGAGAUGAUAACCUCAAUUUGCUGAGAGCACUCCUAUAUUUUUCAAUAUUAACGCAUUUUAAAUAAAACUGAAAAUCAAAGCCAAAAAUAUUUCUAUAAAACAAUGCCCUAGAAGAUUCAGUGAGCCUACUAUGAAGGUUUUGAACACAGUUAUCCGUUAGUCUUUGUUUAAAAAGUGAUAGAAAACUCGGGUAGUCUCCUACACCUUGUACUAACCAGACAUGAUAGAAACCCAAUGAGCUUAGAACACUUUUAACCUGUGUUGCCCAGUUAUGUUUUAAAGGACGAAUUUCAAUAUCAUCUAACAUGGGUUUAUAUAUAAGAUUAAUGUAUUUGUGUUCCGGAGAACAAAUAACCUUAAACCAGUACUUAAUCAUGCUUAUAGUGCUGUGUGUCUGAAUAUCUAGUCUACCGGUCUCUGCUAGGAUAAAAUCAUUUUGUGUACUAGUUUUCACAGAUAGUAUAUAUUUGAUAAAUUGAGUAUGUAUCCUUUCUAUAUGAAUUCUUUUAAUAGACCCCCAUACUUCAGACCCAUACAACAAAAUUGGCUUAAUAAGUUUAUCGAAGAGCUCAAUUUUAUGUUCUGGAGUAAUAUUUACGAAUUUAUUUAAGUAUUUUAUUUAUUUGUAUAUCGCCUUUUGCUCUUGACCAGCUAAGGUUUUUUAUGGCCUGCAUAAACGAUCCUCCUGUUGUAAAAACUAUUCCUAAGUUCGUAAAAUUAUUUACAAUUUCAAUGGUGGCAUCGUCAUAUAAGAACUCCAGAUCUCUAGGCACUCUUCCACCUAUUCUAAAAAUUAACACUUUUGUUUUAUUUAUAUUAACUUUUAAUUUCCAUUGUUUGCAGUACUCACCUAGUAUAUCAAGAUUAAAUUGCAGAAUUUGCAAAAAUUACAAUAUCGUCUGCAUACAUAAGUAAGAAAAAAUUCAAUAAAUUAGUAUCCACCCCUUUUGCCCCCUUAAGAUAAAGUGUUUCUUCCAAGUCAUUAAUAUAAAGAGAAAACAAUAUUGGCGAAAGACAUUCACCUUGUCGCAACCCUAGAUGACUCUCGAAUAUAGUACCUAUGUCGUUCUGAAGCUUAACUCUUGUAUAUAAAUGACUAUACAUGGAUUUUAUAACUUUAAAAGUCUACCCCGAAUACCAAGUAUAUAUAUUUUAAACCAAAGAUUUUCCCUUACAAUGUAGUCAAAAGCUUUAGUAAAAUCAAUAAACGUACAGAAUAAUUGCUUAUUUUGGUUAAUAAAAUGAGUUAUUAGUCCAUGCAAAGCAACACAAUUGUCGGUAGUUCCCUUCUUAGCCCUAAAUCUUGCCUCUAGUAAUACAUGGUAAUUUUCGGCCCAGUUUGAAAGCCUACUAUUAAUUAAAUUUUGUAAAUAAUUUUCCAAGGACGCUUAACAAAGUAAUACCUGUACAAUUGUUUGGGUCAUUGAUACUCCCUUUUUUGUGUAUUGGAACAAUAAAGCCUUCGGUCCAUUUAUCCGGAAAAUAUCCACGGAAAAGUAUUUUAUUGAACAGAUUUAACAAGAAAGGUGAAAGUUCGGCUUUACCGUUGAUAAACAAUUCAUUUAACAUUAGAUGGGGUCCUGCACUCUUUCCAGUAUUGAGAUUUGAAAUACCCUUUUGUAACUCGUUUGAAGUAAAUGGAAUAUCCAAUUCUACAAUUUCUACAUGCUACUAGUAUUUAAUUCAGUCUGCAUUACUUUAUUGUUAAUAAUCUUUUGCAUUUUUAUGUUUUGCUUUAUAAAGUUUAUUAGUGUUCUCUUUCAUUUUCUGAAAGUUGAACUUUCGAACGCUAGCCUUAUAUUUACUUCUAGCUUCAAUCAUUAGACGCUUAUUUUUUUGAGAAGUGUUUCUUCUGUAAAUAUUUAGUGCUUGGUACGACAUAUUUUUAUCAUCAGAACAUAUAUUAUUAAACAACAAAGUAACUUG